AUGGGCUGCGGCGGGAGCCGCGCCGAUGCCAUCGAGCCGCGCUAUUACGAGAGCUGGACCAGGGAGACCGAGUCCACCUGGCUGACCAACACGGACGCCGAGCCUCCGCAGCAGCCGCUGCCCGCCGCCGGCCCCGAGAGCGGCGCCGCCGCCGCCGAGGCCGGCCUGAAGAGCCCCGGGAUUUUGGAGGACAGCAAAUCAACCCAGACCUGCAUGGCAAAGUCUUCAAUUUCAAGUGGCAUGGCUAGUCCCGAAAAAAGAGCUCAUUGUGCUACACAGUGUACAAAACUAUCAACUCACACCACUGAAAAUGCAGCCCAGAAGCCACAAAAUAGCUUUAGAACCUCAGAGGCUAAAUGGGACAAGAAAAGAGCCACAAAAGAAGUUAGUAGUAACACUGCCAAAACAGACAAAUACAAACAAAUAAAUAGCAACAGAAGAGUCGCAAAGAAUGGUAUCAAUUAAGGAAGUACUGAAAAAAGGUGAAUGAAUUCUGCAAUAUCUUGCUGCACUUUACCUGACUGCGUAAUGCAGGGAUCUGGAAUUUCAACAUUGACAUUAUGUUGAAGGUGGCGGACAACUGAUGCUGAGUGCCUUCGGAAAAAUGGUGGACUUUAUUAGCUCUGCAGUUCUGCCAACAUUGGAAGCUUGAAUACUUUUUCUUGUCUUGUACCUGAUGAGUUUGGCCAUCAAUUAGGAAGUAACUGGUUUGAUUUUUACUUUGCCACUAUACAAUCAGCUAUAGAUUGAUUGACCGAUUGAUUGAUUAUGUGCCAUCAAGAUAGUGUGGACCACAAAGACAGAUUUUUCCUCAGGAUGAUCUGUUCCCAGCCUGACUCUUCUGAUGGUGCACAGUCAUCAUCUAGAUUAAUUCAAUUUUUGUAUGAAAUGUAUAUCAUUUGAAAUCAAAAUGUGAGCACAGCAAUCGCUGUGUGCAAAAUAGCACCCUGGGUGAUCCUGUCAUUAAUGUGCUGAGAUUCCACAAGAGAGUUCUACUAUUAUAGAGAGCUUGCUGCUACUUAAAAUAGAUGGCCAAAAUUUGCGUCACUGUAAAUAACUGUGUGGUAGGUGUAAAACACUUAAGAAUGAAUGUUAAGAAUGUUUGGCCAUAUUGGAAGUUUGCACUGGAUUGUUGUGCUAUAAUAGUUAAGGGUACUUGCUCAUUUUUGGGGAAAUUCCCUCUUUCAAUGUGCCAUAAUGUGGUGUGUAUGCCACGCAGGACAAGCCUAAUUCAACUGUCAGUCUCAUUGGCAGCUGCCUAAAACCAAAAGUGAUUAUUUCUCAAGAAUAAUUCUCACAAAGUUCCCUAGCAGGAAAUGAAAAGGAAGAACUGCAACGAAUCGUGAAUUAUAUUCAAAGUUGAAACAACCUGUAUCCACCAACAUCGGGGUAGACACUUUCUGAUUUUCUAACCAUUUUUCUAUGGUUCAGAAAGGAGGUGGUCUCUCCAUUGAUAAUGAGGAAAAUUUCAUCUGUCCGUGUGAUCAAAGCUCAGCUUUGAUACUAUUUUGAUAACAUAAAGUGUGACUGAAAGCCUCAGUUUCACAUUGGCCUCUUUGCAUUUAUUCCUGCUAAAAAUCAUGCUGCUAUAAAA